AUGGCUUUCGAGAAGAUCAAGGUCGCCAACCCGAUUGUGGAGAUGGACGGUAAACGCAGCUCCCCUGAGAUACUUCUUUUGAGUCAACCGUUGGUUUCCGUUGCUGUUUUUAUAUUCCUGUCGAUCUUAUUCGCGAUCUUUUGUCUCAAGUUCUCCCGCUAGAGAUUCCGAGUCUCGUGACUGAUAUGACUGCGCAGCGGUGGACAUUUCUCAUCGUCAUUAGUCUCAUUUUUCUUGGGUUACGACCUGAUCGGCUGAGAUCUGUGGCCUUUCGGCGCCGAUCGUGUCAACUAGGACCCUUUAUGUUUGGUUGUUCUCGACCUCUCCAAAUCAUCGCAUCUUUUUAAGAAUGAAUGUAAUGACGCCGAUUGCGGAAGGUGGAAGACAUAAUUUAUUUUGGUACUAUUUUCUUAUCACCUUUGAUCGGAAGUUUUCGACGACGUUGCAGUUUGAGCUUUGAAUGUCCCCCGUGAUGCCUGAUCGUUCUUUUCAUUUCUAUUAUUCUCAGACAAGGUGUUUGAAAACUCUCGGUUUUUCCUUGCUAACUUUUCCUUCCCGUUCCAUGUUUUAACUCAGGUGAUGAGAUGACUCGUGUUAUCUGGGAAUUUAUCAAGGACAAGGUAAUGAAGAUUAUUUCAUUUUUCUCGUCUUAUGCUAAGUUUCCUAUCAACUUGUGUGAUAGCACGUCCCUUUUAUACUUACGCUAAAACGUGGUUUUCUGGCUAAUCUGGCAGCUGAUCUUCCCGUUCUUGGAUUUGGACAUAAAGUACUUUGACCUGGGACUUCCACAUCGUGAUGCUACGGAUGACAAAGUUACUGUCGAGAGUGCUGAAGCUACACUCAAGUGAGGUUCAACCAUUGUCUGUCGUAUUCAAUUCCUUCUGCGUGUGCAUUUACGCUCUGAUGAACUCUGUCAGACCUGACUUUCCACAUCAUGUGACUCUCAUUAUGCAGUUUUUAGAUGGCCCGCAAGGAUUUAUUCACGGGUUCUUGGUGUCAUUUCUUGCUAUUGUCAACCUAAAACAUUGAAUCGUACAGUACAGUUUAAUAUUGCCUUUAAAUAAGAUUAAGCUGAUCAUUGUUUUGUAAUCCGAUGGUUGAUCGUUGUUACUUUUAUCUUAACAACAAGUGACAUAAAAUUGUGGCUAAUAUUUAGGAAUCUUAUUGUUACCUUUUGUGUAAGUGUAGCUAUGGAAGACCAAAGAUAAAUUCCAUAACUGUUGAACGCCAACCUUUUAGUCCCGAGACCUUAGCUUGAUAUUAAUUGGGCACCAAAUUAUAAGUGGAGUAUAUUUCCACGUUAUCACAAUCAUUGUCUUGGCACAUGGUAUAUUCUAUGCUUUUUGAUUGAAAGGGUUUACCACCCUUUAGGUUCAUUGUUCUCGAUCCCAAAACCCUUCUGCUAGAUGCUUUUCAACUGACUUCCAUCUUUUACUUGUGACAGAUACAAUGUUGCGAUCAAGUGUGCUACAAUAACACCAGGUAUUGCAUAGAUUUUAUGAUAGCAUUCUCUUUGGUUAGCUAAGCAAUAGAUAGAUAAUUCCUGUUGCUAUUAUGUCAUCGCAUAUUGAGAUUAAUGCUUGCCUGGCAAUUUUAAUUUUAUAUCCAUGGCAGAUGAGGCUCGUGUGAAGGAGUUUAACCUGAAAUCUAUGUGGAAAAGUCCUAAUGGGACAAUCAGAAACAUUUUGAAUGGUGAGACAUCCAACUUAGUUCUAUGCCUCUCAGUUCCUACACUUGUUAUCACUCUCUAUGUAUCACUUUCAUUCUGUGCAUUUGUUGUAGGUACGGUGUUCAGGGAACCUAUCAUCUGCAAAAAUGUUCCUCGUCUUGUUCCAGGUAUCAGAAAAUGCUCUGCUCAUUUUUCUUAUUUUAAACGUUUCCAUUGUACCUGUUAUUAAUUUCUUCUUUUUUUUCGUAGGAUGGACCAAGCCCAUAUGCAUCGGAAGGCAUGCUUUUGGUGAUCAGUAUCGGGCAACUGAUGCGGUGAUCAAAGGACCUGGAAAGUUGAAGUUGGUGUUUGGUAUGGCCCAUCCAUCAUUUGAGAUUUCCGGUUCCAUAAUCCACACUGGAAGCGGUUCUCAACCAUGUCUCCUCCUUUUCUUUUCUUUUUUGUUUCUUUUAGAGGGGAAAGAGGAGGAGAUUGAGAUUGAAGUUUUCAACUUCACCGGUGAAGGAGGAGUAGCGUUGUCAAUGUACAACACUGAUGAGGUGCAGAUUCUGUCCGUCUUCUUUAGAUAUUUAACGCUUUAGUCAAGGAUCGGUACCUGACCACCUGGUGUUCUUCUCGUCACAAACUUACACACAGUCCAUUCGCUCUUUUGCUGAGGCAUCGAUGAACACUGCUUACCAGAAGAAGUGGCCUCUUUAUCUGAGCACAAAAAAUACAAUAUUGAAGAAAUACGAUGGGAGGUACCUCAUUUCACUAUCUCACUCCAGUCUCGCUUCUCACGUUUCAACCAGGCCCCCCCUUCCAUUUGUUCAUUUCUCUUUUGGCUUCAAAUCGCAGGUUCAAGGACAUAUUCCAAGAGGUUUAUGAGGCCGAGUGGAAAUCGAAGUAUGAAGCCGCGGGCAUCUGGUUGGCCAACUCCUCAGCAAUCUCUGCUCAGUUCCUCUCAGUUACAGCUUCGUAGUUACUAAUGUUUUAAGUUUUUCAGGUAUGAACAUCGGCUCAUUGAUGACAUGGUCGCAUACGCUCUGAAGAGCGAAGGCGGCUAUGUCUGGGCCUGCAAGAACUACGACGGAGAUGUCCAGAGCGACUUCUUGGCGCAAGGUACAGGCUUUCUCUGCCGGCGUCUCUCUGUGAGACCGUGUUGCUCCGCCGUCUUCAAAGCCUCUGCGUCUCUGGUCCAGGGUUUGGAUCCUUGGGGCUGAUGACUUCGGUGCUCGUGUGCCCCGACGGGAAGACCAUCGAAGCCGAAGCUGCCCAUGGCACUGUGACUCGCCAUUACCGGGUCCACCAGAAAGGCGGCGAGACAAGCACGAACAGCAUCGCUUCCAUCUUCGCCUGGACUCGUGGCCUCGCCCACAGGUGAACGAAUAAAACCCAUCAUCUCUGCAUCAGUCUAUGCAUCGAGCUCUCGCUAACGAUGCGGAGUGUAUCUCCUCAGGGCGAAGCUGGACGACAACAGCAGGCUGCUGGACUUCUCUGAGAAGCUCGAGGCGGCAUGCGUCGGGGUUGUGGAGGCGGGAAAGAUGACCAAGGAUCUUGCCCUACUCAUCCACGGAUCCAAGUACGCAUCAGACUCCCGGCAUCAUUACAAUGACCCCACACACACACACACACUCUCUAAUGCAGAGAUGCUUCUUCCCUGCGCAGGGUCCCCCGUGACCAGUACCUCAACACAGAGGAGUUCAUCGACGCAGUCGCAGAGGAGCUGAAAGCCAGACUUGUGGGCAAUUAG